ACACACACACACGCACAUUUAAGACCAUAGCAGCGUCAGUGUUUCCUCUUUUACAUCCUUUUUCAUGGUGACUUGCUUCUCCUAUUUUCCAGUUUUCUUUGGUACGAAAUAAAUCAGCGUGAGCUUUAUUACAUUUCAACACAUCUAUUGUUAUCAGUUUCUCCUCGGUGUGAGACAGAAGACGAUGAUGAAGCUCUGUAUUCUUCUCUCUCUCCUGCUCGGGCAGUGUGCGCUUUCUGCUCAGUCUGCCAUAUUUGGUGAGAGAAUCGAAGAAGGCAGUAAUAUCAUCAUUUCCUGUGAAAACGAGGGGAGAGUGACAUGGAGUAAACACGCUUAUGGAAAGAGAAAGAUCAUCUUCACGGCUGAACAGGGAAAAAACCCUGCCCAAUCCGAACCUGAUCCAGAUCCCAGAUACAGUGUACUAGCUAAUUUAUCCCUCGUAAUAAAUGAAACAUUAGUGUCAGACUCAGGGAUUUACUUCUGUAACGCUACUCCUGUGGUGGAACUGACUGUCAUUCCAUUAAAAGCCAUAUUUGGUGAGAGAAUUGAAGAAGGCAGUAAUAUCAUCAUUUCCUGUGAAAACGAGGGGAGAGUGUCAUGGAGUAAACAUGCUUAUGGAAAGAGAAAGAUCAUCUUCACGGCUGAACAGGGAAAAAACCCUGCCCAAUCCGAACCUGAUCCAGAUCCCAGAUACAGUGUACUAGCUAAUUUAUCCCUCGUAAUAAAUGAAACAUUAGUGUCAGACUCAGGGAUUUACUUCUGUAACGCUACUCCUGUGGUGGAACUGACUGUCAUUCCAUUAAAAGAGAUCUUUACUGGUGAUAAGAGUGAAUCUGCUAUGACCAACACAGGAGUGUGUGCUGUUGAGCGAGUGCCAUAUAUCAGUCUGGCUGCCCUGUUUUUUUCCCUCCUCACUACAAUAUAGCAAUCUACCAUUAACCUCAGCAUGGAUUAGAGCAAAUCAGACAAUCUGUUACCAACCAAUACUGACUAAUCAUACUCAUAAAAAUAGUUUCAUAAUACAGUAUAUGUUCUGUUGUGCAGGAUGAAUAUGAAGCACUACUUUAACCCUGAUCAAAUAAAUAUUCAUUUUUAUUCUUCA